AUGAAUGAUGAAAUUCUUAGAUUACAAAGUAAAAUAUUAGAACUUGAAGAAUUAUUAGAAGAUAAAGAAAUAAUGAUUAAUCUACUUUUAAAAGAGAUUAAAAAUAUAAAAAGUAAUAAAACAAAGUUACUUAAUGGACAUAUAGACAAUGUUGUAGAAAUAAACACUAAAAGAGUAAAAAUAACUGAAUCUUCUAGUUGCACUGCAGUGCCUGUAAAAGAAGAUGAUAAUAAAUUAAAAUCUGACAGUGUAGCUUGCACUACAAAUGAUAGUUUACCACAUAUCGCUCCUGAAAUAUGUUGGGUGUACAAAUACAAACUUAAAGAAGAUUUAGAAGUUUUACUAAAUAAAAAAAAGGUGGUCAGACUUUUUAAGGAUAAUGUAUAUUUUGAUGAAUUUAUGGAUUUCUGUUCAGACACUUACGUCAUAAACAGUUUUGAAGUUACAAAAGUGUCUCACGGAAAGAAUGUAAAAAAAUAUCUACAGGAAAAUAAGACACAUAUACUGAAAUACCUUAUUCUAAAUAUUAAUAAGAUACAUUUUACAUCUGUAUGUUCUACCUUACUAGCCUUAAGUACUGAAUUUACAGAUUUAGAGAAAUGUGUUAUUAUUCAUGAUCUUAUUCUUUAUUUACAAGAUUUUUCUAAACUAGUAUUUUAUGCAUUUUGUAUAUUUAAUAAAGAAUUAAAAUCAGAUUUAAAUAUUUUAAAGAUGACACUACACAUGAUACUAUCAUUUCAAUAUAAAAUAGAUUUAGAAAUACAUAAAAAUAAGAAGAUUAUUAUUACAUCAUUAAAUAACUUAAAAAGUAUAUUUAACUUUCAGAAACAAGUUAUAUUAGAAGAUUAUUUAUUAAAAAUUAAAUCAGAUAUUGAAAUAAUUGUAAAAGGUAAAAUAAAUCCCGCGAUCUAUGAAUAUAUUUAUUCUGUGAGGGCACUGGGGCACUUUUUAGAUUGGGAUUAUGUUUAUAACAUUUUUAUUUCUGAGAAUCUUAUUCAGAAUAUUACAGGAUGUAAAAUUUUAUACAUGGGAAUAUUAGCAUUAAAUUCUAUUAGAAUUUUUGGGGAGACAGAAAGUGCAGAUAUUAUUAUUAAUUUUAUAAAAGACAAAAUGGUGGAAGUAGAUGAAAUAGGUAUUGCUUCUUUUUUAGUUGUUAAGCAAUUAAAUGAAAAGGAUUCUCUUGGUUUUUUAGAGGCAAAUGAAGAUAAUUUAAUGAAAAAAGGAUAUGAUAUUGAAUACUUAAAAAAAGUGUUAAUAUAUUGA